AUGACUGUCACAUAUGAUGCCCCGAGGUCACAUACCUCGAUGGCCACUCUUGAGGAUCGCUUUGAAGUGAUCAAGGAGAUCGGCGAUGGCAGCUUCGGUAGCGUCGCCGUAGCACGUGUACGGACUGCCGGUGCCCACAUUGCUCGGAGAGGAACGAUGGUUGCGAUCAAAACCAUGAAGAAGACAUUCGACUCUUUGGCCCCAUGUCUGGACCUGCGAGAGGUCAUCUUCCUCCGAACCCUCCCCAUUCAUCCUCACCUUGUUCCCGCACUCGACAUCUUCCUCGACCCCCUCUCCCGCAAGCUUCACAUCUGCAUGGAAUACAUGGACGGCAACCUCUACCAACUAAUGAAGGCCCGUGACCACAAGUCAUUUGACGGCAAGCACGUCAAAAGCAUUCUUUACCAGAUCUUGUCUGGUCUGGACCAUAUCCACGCCCACCACUUCUUCCACCGCGACAUUAAGCCCGAGAACAUUCUCGUGUCGACCUCCGCCCCCAACGAUUCCACCUUUAGCCGCUACUCUAAUCUCGUCACCCCUCCCUCUACUCCUCCUGUCUACACCGUGAAGAUUGCCGAUUUUGGUCUGGCACGUGAAACACACUCCAAACAACCGUACACAACAUAUGUCUCAACGAGAUGGUACCGCGCACCCGAGGUGCUUCUACGCGCAGGAGAAUACUCCGCCCCUGUGGAUAUGUGGGCGAUGGGAGCUAUGGCGGUGGAGAUUGCUACAUUGAAGCCCCUGUUCCCCGGAGGCAACGAGGUGGAUCAGGUUUGGCGCGUCUGUGAGAUCAUGGGCAGCCCUGGAAACUGGUACAGCAAGUCUGGCACGAAGAUUGGUGGUGGUGAAUGGCGUGAAGGCUCCCGCCUAGCUCACAAGCUGGGCUUCACCUUCCCCAAGAUGGCGCCACACGCGAUGGAGACAGUACUGCAACCCCCACAGUGGCCAGCGGCAUUCGCUGAGUUCGUUACCUGGUGUCUCAUGUGGGACCCCAAGAACCGCCCUACGUCGACUCAAGCAUUGAAUCACGAGUACUUUGCCGACGCGGUCGAUCCCGUGCGACCGAAGUCUUCGACCUCGGCCAGGCUGUUGGGUCGCAAGCAGUCCGACAGGAGCUUCAAGUCGCCGACCCUCACGCCCAGUGACUCUCCUACAUUGUCGUCCAAGCCUUCUUGGUUCCGCCGAUCGUUGAUCGCUCGGUCAGAUAGCCCUGCACCUGUCGAGGACAACCCUGCUCGGCCACCGGUCGUUUCUCAGGUCACUGCGCCUGAGAUCCAGCCUGUCAAGGCGGCCCGUCCGGCAAACACCAAGCGGGCCACCUGGGCCAACGGCGCACCUAUGCCUAUUCUUCCUUCUAUCCGCCCUGUUUCCCCUCUUUCCAACUCUGUUACCGCCCAGGCAAACGCGACAGUGGCCCAUAACGAAGGCUCAAAGUCCUCCGACACCUCUACUAGCAAGGCUAGCACAAAGAUUGGCCGUCAACUUUCGGUCAACUCCAAUGGCAACCACUACUCGGAUGUGCACCGCCAAGAAGCUGAACGGAUGUUGAAUGGCUCCGGCAACAACACUCCCACCGCAAAGGAGAGCUUCUUCUCGCAUCUGCGCAAGCGCGCUCGUAGACUCUCAGGACGCAAUGCACCCCCGCCGAGCGAUGACAUCGAAGCCAACGCGGGUUGCAUCCCUUGGUCGAACCGGUCAUCCAUUGCUCUCGACGGGGCUAGCAACGAAUCAAAGCAAGGUUCCGACUUGAGCGAAUUGGACAAGGCGCUUCAGAGUGUCAAGUACUCAUUGGACUCGUCCACUCUGAGCAAUGUCCCUGUGCAUUUGAGCGCUGAUGGAAAUACCACCAAGCGUCAGUCAAUGCCUCAAGUUACAAGCAACCCUAGCCCGAUCUCUAGCAGGACCCGCCGCGCCAAGCAGAUGUCUACUCACCCUGUUCACCGGUACGAGACUCCCGAGGAGGAGGAUGAGUUGCUGGACGAAGUGUUACACUCGGCCAACAAGGCAGCUAGGCGCCUGGCUCAAACUCAGUCUAUGUCUGCCGAGUCGCCCACGGUAGCUCAUCGCCAUGCCGACAAGUCGCGUGCUAUGCCAAGCCCGUAUCCCACGCCUUCUCCCAGUGCCAAAGACUCUACCGCAUUUGGUCACCAAUCUACACCGAGUAAAUUGAACCUCAAGGUCGAUCAUGCGGCUGCCAACCGCCAUUGGCCCACACCUCCCUAUGAGGAGGCUGAAUGGCACAACAAGGGCUCCGACUACUUUGCCCGUGGAUCUAACUUCAUCUAA